AUGCCAAGGUACGACCGGUUGGAAACGGUGAUAGAAUUCGGAAUAGCGGUUCAAACUUUGGUUGAUCACCUAGUUGCAGCUGGCCAGAAUGUUCACCUCUCAAAUCCGGCACUCAUGCAGGAGUUGGUGGAGAAAUUGCCCGGAACGAUGAGAAUGGAGUGGGCUGUCUAUAAGUCUCGGCUUCCGGUAGCUACGUUGCAAUCCUUUGGAGACUUUAUGUCAAGAAUGGUAGCGACGGCGAGUGAGGUUUCGUAUGAACUUCCUACGCUUGAUCGGUCCGGCAAGAUCGACAGGACAAAACCUAAAAGCAAAGGCGCCGUUCAUGCUCACUCAGCGGAAUCCUCCACUAUUUCAACGCCAUCUACCUCAGUGGUCAAAACUGGGAAAUCGGUCAAACCGUGCCUGUGUUGCAGUCGAGAAGGCCAUAGACUGGUGGACUGUAGUCGGUUCAAGUCCCUGAACGCUGACGAUCGUUGGAAACUGGCGGAACAGAAGGGCCUGUGUCGGACUUGCCUGAAUAAUCACGGAAAGUGGCCUUGUCGUUCAUGGAAAGGGUGCGAAGUUGAAGGUUGCCGUCAUAAGCAUCACACUCUCCUUCAUGGUACAGCGUUGAGUUCGCAAUCUACAGGGAUGUCAGCAAGCCACUUAUCGAUCGGUCAGUUCUGCAUGUUCCGGAUAGUUCCAGUCGUGUUGCACGGAAAGGGGAAGGACAUGCUGAUCUUCGCGUUCAUUGAUGAAGGCUCCUCGGAAACACUCAUCGAAGAGGCAGUGGCCAAGCAAUUAGAGGUUACCGGCCCGAUCGAACCGUUAACGCUACACUGGACCGGAAGUGUAUCUCGAGAGGAAUCUAACUCACAGCGAAUACAGUUGCAGAUUGCAGCAAAAAGCAGCGCGGUUUGCCACGACCUUCACAAUGUGCGAACAGUAAGCUGCCUGCUGCUUCCAUCGCAAACGCUACGCUACGGAGAAAUUGUUCAACGCUUCCCACACCUGAGAGGGCUUCCCGUCGAGGACUACACCAAUGUUCAGCCCAAACUGCUCAUCGGACUCAACAAUCUCGGAUUAUGCUUGCCGAGAAAAAUGCGAGAAGGAGGCCCUCAUGAUCCGGUGGCCGUCAAGUGUCAUCUCGGAUGGAGCAUCUACGGGGGCGAGCCCGCCAAUUCAAGAUACUCCGUUGCUGUCAACUUUCACACUGCCGCUCCAGCGGAUCCAGAUAAACUGUUGAACGAACAGCUGCGGGAUUAUUUUGCCAUUGAAAGCUGCAUGGUGUCGCCUGGCAUCCAAACGGACUCGGAGGAUGACAAACGGGCCAGAAUUCUCUUGGAAUCUAGUACCCGGCGAAUUGGUAACCGUUUUGAAACCGGCUUGCUUUGGAGGACCGAUGCAGUGGAUUUUCCCGAUAGCUACAGCAUCGCUCUACGGCGGCUACAAUCUUUGGAACGCAAGCUCCGGCAGAAUCCGAAUCUAGGAGAUAGAGUGAUCCAACAGAUUCGAGACUACGAACGGAAGGGGUACGCUCGGCGAGCUACAGAAGAAGAUCUGGCAUGUAGCGAUACCAGCCGGAUAUGGUAUCUGCCUCUAGGGAUUGUGAUCAACCCCAAAAAACCCAACAAGCUUCGUUUAAUUUGGGACGCAGCGGCAAAGGUCGGCGAUGUAUCUUUCAACUCGAAGCUCCUAAAAGGACCGGACCUGUUGACUCCGCUGCUAGCUGUACUCUCUCGCUUCCGGCAAUUCCCGGUGGCGGUCACAGGGGACAUAAGAGAGAUGUUCCACCAGAUUAAGAUACGGAAGGAAGACCAGCAGUCUCAACGUUUCCUCUGGCGGGAACAUCCUUCCGAUAGCCCGCUAGUCUAUAUUAUGGAGGUGGCGACGUUCGGCUCUACCUGUUCUCCAGCGUCGGCGCAGUUCGUAAAGAACCUCAACGCCACAGAGUAUGCCGAUCAGUUUCCUCGAGCAGCGGCUGCUAUCCACGAUAACCACUACGUGGAUGAUUAUUUGGACAGCUUCCAAACGAUCGAGGACGCGAUCCAAGUUGUUCAGGAAGUCCAGUCCGUUCGCGCGAUGGGAGGGUUCGAGAUUCGCAACAUUCUCUCGAAUUCCACGGAAGUAAUUCAACGAAUUGAUGAACGACCGAGCGAAAAUUCCAAGGAUCUAGCAUUGACGCGCGGGGAUUCCACGGAAUCGGUGCUUGGAAUGCAAUGGCUACCGAAGGAGGACGCAUUCACCUAUACGUUUGCUCUUCGAUCGGAUAUACAACAGGUGUUGAAAGAAGAUCACGUGCCGACCAAGCGGGAAGUCCUGAAGGUAGUGAUGAGCUUGUUUGAUCCACUAGGCUGCCUUUCAUUCUUCUUGGUGCACGGGAAGAUCCUUAUCCAAGAUACAUGGAUCUCCAAGAUUGGCUGGGACGAUCCGGUUACCGAAAGCUGCUUUGCGCGAUGGAAGCAGUGGAUUGCGCUGUUUGAUCAAUUGUCAUCUCUCAGGAUUCCUCGGUGCUAUUUUCGGGCACCGUAUCCAAGUGACUUCGGCCAACUGCAGCUACACAUCUUCGUUGACGCCAGCGAGUCUGCGUAUUCGUGCGUGGCGUACUUUCGUCUUCCAGUAGGAGAUCAGAUUCAGGUAUCCAUGGUAGCUGCCAAGACAAAAGUGGCUCCUAUUAACACGAUCUCCAUUCCGAGAUUGGAGCUGAAAGCAGCCGUUCUUGGAACUCGCCUUUCGGAGUCGAUAAAACAAUACCACACCGUACCGAUUGCCAAUGUCUUCUUCUGGAGUGAUUCCAAGACGGUACUUGCUUGGAUACAAUCGGAACAUCGCCGCUACCACAAGUUUGUUGCUGUUCGCGUGGGAGAAAUACUGCUAUCAACGGACGUGAAGAACUGGCGGUGGGUACCCUCGAAAAUAAACCCAGCGGACGAGGCCACUAAGUGGAAAACUGGUCCAAACCUCAACUCGGACGGCCCGUGGUUUCGCGGUCCUAACUUCCUGAAGCAACAGGAAACCUCCUGGCCAGAACAACUGCAAACUUGUACUACUCAAGAUGAACUACGUUCUGUGCAUCUACAUCACGUUCAGUGCUCGGUUGUGGAUCCUGCACGGUUCGGCAGAAUCGUUCCACAGCCGAUUCCGCCAUGCGAAUAG